AUUUACGGAAGUCAACUGGAUUUGUUUACAUGGUCGUUUGGUCGAAGGCAGUUUGAUUUCAUUUGACUUUCUCUGAAGAUGGCAAGAACAUAAAGAUUACCAUGACGACUGUUAGAGAGGCGGGAUUGUCCCGCCCAGAGGCAGGGCUUGAUCCUAGAUUGACAACCAAUGGAGCCCCUAAAGAGGAAGAGGAGUGUCAUGUGUCCCAGAAGCUUGCUGUUUUACAGGAGGAAAGUCUGAAGCCAAUCAAAGAAGACCUGGCUGAGUGGAUUGCAAGGACUCUUGGUAUUGAUAUAUCAACAGACAAUUUUAUGGAUGUUCUUGAUAAUGGAGUACAUUUGUGUAAUCUGGCCAAACUAAUCCAGGGGAAAGCAGAAGAGUGUGUCCGAGACGGAAGCUACACAGAGCCCCUACCCAAAGUUUCAUUGAAGUACCGUAAAAAUGCCACUCCUGGAAGCUGGUUUGCAAGAGACAAUACGGCUAACUUCCUUAACUGGUGUAAAGCGUACGGAAUGGCCGAUGAUCAGAUGUUUGAAACAGAGUACCUAGUGUCACACACUGGAGAGAAGUCUGUUUUGAUGACCAUUCUUGAGCUGGCCAGAAUCGGCUAUAAAUUUGGUCUGGAUCCUCCGAAUCUGAUCCGGAUGGAGAAGGAAAUCGAGAAAGAAGAGGAGGUCCCCGAGGUGAAACCAGAGAAACCUACAGGUCUCGAUGCUGAGGUAAUCCCCAUAGCAACCUCCGAAAAUGUAUUUGACCUUGAUGCAGAGGUCAGAAGAAUAGCCUUUCUUUGUAAAUGUCAUGAUCAUGUGAAGAAGCUAGGGGAAGGAAAAUACCUCAUCUUUGGAAAAGUUGUCCAAAUACGGUUCCUAAAGAAUCGUCACCUGAUGGUACGAGUAGGAGGGGGCUGGGAUACACUGGAGCAUUAUUUGAUCCACCACCGACCUGUACAGGUGUUUGAACAUAAGAGACUGAUCGUAGGAGAACCCCCAGAUAUCGGAAACAAAUACCUGUACUUCAAAUCAAAGUAUAAAUCCCACGCUCAGGUCGUUAGUGAACAGAAUGGGCAUGCCCACUGAGGAGUGACAAAUGGGCAAAAUGU